GUAGAGCGUCUGAUUCAGGAGAGAGGCUGGGAGUUCAUGUGGAAUGAGCAUCUUGGAUACAUCCUGACCUGUCCCUCCAACUUGGGCACUGGACUUAGGGCUGGGGUACACGUACGCCUGCCCAACCUCAGCAAGGUAACAUACACACACACACACACACACACACACACACACACACACACACACACACACACACACACACACACACACAGACACACACACACACAGACACACACAUAGUCCACAAAUACAAAAAGAGGCAUAACAUAAUAAUAAAAACGUUGUGUGUGUGUGUUUGUAUGUGUGCAGGACCCUCGCUUCCCUAAGAUUCUGGACGCCAUGCGGCUACAGAAGAGGGGUACAGGCGGAGUGGACACAGCUGCUACCGGAGAUACCUUUGACCUCUCCAACAAUGACCGUUUGGGCAAAUCGGAGGUAAAAAAAAAAAAAGAGAGGGGGAUGGAGAAGAAAGAGACAAAGGGAAUGAGGAAGAAAUAGAGUCGUAAUAACUGUGUAACUGUUCAUUAUACACUUAUUAAACUUUUGUGUGACCAGGUUUGAUAUUUUGGAAGAGUAAUUCUCCCUGUUUCUCUUUUGUGCUGUGAUAGGUGGAGCUGGUCCAAUGUUUGAUUGACGGUGUGAACUACCUAAUCGACUGUGAGAAGAAGUUGGAGAAGGGGCAGAACAUCCAUGUCCCCGCCCCUGUCUCCCAGUUUAGCAAGUGA